AUGCUGUUCCGUAGUCUACUGUCAACGGCUGUCCUAGCCGCCUCAUUAUGCGCGGACCAUGCAUCUGCUGGUAAACUUGGCCGGUUCGCUCAAAGAUCUCGCGACGCCAAACCGGCCAAGCGCGCAGCGGAGCUUGCGAAGAGGUCUCACUCGACCCCUGUUGAGGACUAUCGGUUCUACAACAACGCUACGCAGGCCUUCCGUGUGAAGAGUCUCCCUGAUGUUCAUUACGACAUCGGUGAGACAUACUCUGGAUUGAUCCCCAUCGAGAAGGACGAUCCGUCAAGAGCACUUUUCUUUGUCUUCCAACCUACCGUCGGUGCGCCUGUGGAUGAGGUCACCAUUUGGUUGAAUGGCGGCCCUGGGUGUUCGUCUCUGGAGGGCUUUCUCCAAGAGAAUGGACGGUUCACUUGGCAGCCUGGAACAUACUUGCCGGUUGAGAACCAAUACUCAUGGGUAAACCUGACUAACGUGCUGUGGGUCGACCAACCUGUCGGCACGGGCUUCUCUGUUGGCACCCCGACUGCAGUGUCGGAGGAGGAGAUCGCACAGGACUUCAUUAAGUUCUUCAAGAACUGGCAGCAGACCUUCGGCAUCAGAAACUUCAAGAUCUACGUGACUGGCGAGAGCUAUGCAGGCCGCUAUGUCCCUUAUAUCUCGGCUGCCAUGCUGGACGAGAAGAACACGGAGUACUUUGACCUGAAGGGAGCAUUGACCUACGACCCUGUCAUCGGACAGUUCGACUAUGUUCAGACCGACGCCCCGGUCGUGCCCUUCGUUCAGGACAACAAGGUCCUCUUCAACUUCAACGCCAGUUUCCUUGCCGAGCUGGAGCAGCUCCACGAGUCGUGCGGCUACAAAGCCUUCAUCGACGAGUACCUCACCUUCCCCGCCAGCGGGGUGCAGCCCCCGAAGAGCAUGAACUACUCGGGCGACUGUGACCUCUGGGACCUGAUCAACGACGAGGUCCUGGGCAACAACCCCUGCUUCAACCCGUACGCGAUCAACGAGAACUGCCCCAUCGUCUGGGACGUGCUGGGCUUCCCGACCGAGGUCGAGUACACCCCGCCGGGGGCGACGGUGUACUUCGACCGGUCGGACGUGAAGCGCGCCCUGCACGCCCCGGCCAACAUCACCUGGUCCGAGUGCUCGAACGAGAGCGUCUUCGUGGGCGUGGGCGGCCCCGAGGGCGAGGGCGACCUGUCCGCCAACCCGAUCGAGCACGUCCUGCCGCAGGUCAUCGAGGCCACCAACCGCGUGCUCAUCGCCAACGGCGACUUCGACAUGGUCAUCCUCACCCAGGGCACCCUGCUGUCCAUCCAGAACAUGACCUGGAACGGCAAGCUGGGCUUCGAGACCGAGCCCGCCACCCCGAUCAACAUCGAGCUCCCGGACCUCCAGUGGGACCCCAUCCUGGGCGGCGCCACCGGCGGCCAGGGCGACAUGGGCAUCCAGCACUACGAGCGCGGCCUGAUGUGGGCGGAGACCUACCAGAGCGGCCACAUGCAGCCGCAGUACCAGCCCCGUGUGUCGUACCGACACCUGCAGUGGCUGUUAGGGAGAAUCGAUAAGCUGUGA